UUAGCAAGUCACACACUCACUAAUGGAAAACGACGUCGAAAAGAAGAUCAAUAAUCACACAGAACAACAACAAUAUCAACAAGAUGAAAUUGAAGAGGAAGAUGAAGAGGUUUCGAGUUAUUCGGAUUCUGAAAUCGGUGAUGCGUUGGACUUGUUGGAUUCGUUGGAUGAGGAUGUAGGCUACUCAUUUUCCCCCAAUUUGUGGCGUCCCAAUUCUCACGGUGGCCACCGCCAUUAUUCCUCAACUCUUCAACCUCGUACCAAUCGCAACCAAAAGUUCUUCCACCGCAUUCGAGCCUCACCCUUGGAGGAGUGGGAAGGGAGGAUGAAUGUUGGCAUGUCUAACUCUGUGAUCACAGCAAUUCGUGGAAGUGUUAGAGAAAGUGCCAUUGGGAAGACUAAAACUACAGAUAAAGCAGAUCGAGCAACUGUUGAACAGGCAAUUGAUCAAAACACUCGCAAGAUUUUAUACAAGAUGCUUAACAAAGGUGUCUUUGAUGCUAUCAAUGGAUGCAUUUCAACCGGCAAGGAAGCAAAUGUUUAUCAUGCAACCAAAUCUCAUGGUCAAGAACUUGCAAUAAAAAUAUACAAAACAUCCGUUUUGGAAUUUAAGGAUAAAGGUAGAUAUAUGCAAGGAGACUACCGGUAUAGUAAUGGAUUUGGCAAGCAUAAUCCAAGGGAGAUGGCACGAAAAUGGGCUGAGAAAGAAAUAAGGAAUCUUAUGAGGCUUAAGGCAGCAGGAAUUAGGUGUCCUACAACAUCUUGUAAUCUUCGGCGACUACAUAUUGUGGUUAUGGAGUUUAUAGGAAAAUCUGGUUGGGCUGCCCCUCGUCUUAAAGAUGCUGCUUUAUCUUCAGACAAGUUGCGGGAAGGCUAUGUUGAGAUUAUUAUUGCAAUGCGGACAUUAUAUCAGAAAUGCAAAUUGGUGCAUGGAGACCUGAGUGAAUAUAAUAUACUAUAUUAUGAGGGUCACUUGUAUAUUAUUGAUGUUUCUCAAGCCGUCGAACAUGAACAUCCCCAUGCCCUAGAUUUUCUGCGUGAAGAUUGUGUUCAUGUAUCUGAUUUCUUUAAAAAGCAUGGUGUUGCGGUCAUGACUAUAAGAGAACUGUUUGAUUUUAUUGUUGACGCAACAAUAGCUGAUGAUGCUGUGGAUAGUUACUUGGAAGAGAUGCAACGAAAAAUUUUGGCAAGAGGAGAUGUAUCUGUAGAGGAUGAGAUUGCAGACUCCGUAUUUGUGCAGUCUUUCAUUCCAAGGACACUUGAUGAUGUUGAGAAUGCUGAGGAAGAUGUACAACAGAUAACAAAUUUGAAGGAUACUAAUGAUUUAUACUACCUGACCAUUACUGGGCUUAAACAUGCUCUGUCACUAACUCAGUCUUCACAGCAAAAGACCCAACAGCAGAAAUCAAGUGCCACAAAAGAUUCUCCUAUCAUUUCUGACGAUAAAUUUAACAACUUGGAGGAUGAUGCUAAGGUUCAAUCUGACGCGGACCAAGAUGGCAAGAGUGAAGCAGUGGAUCCUGCUGAUAAAAAAGCUGCUAGAAAAGAUGCUAGGAAAGAUAAUAAGAAGAAGGUGAAAGAGGAGAAAAGAGAAGCACGUAAAACUAAGGUUCCCAAGGCUGUUCAGAAAAGAAAGAAAAAGUUACGCAAGACCAGGUAGAUUAGAUAGUUAUUAUUUAAUGUUUGA